GGAGGGACGACCAGUGUCUUCCAGAACCAGAGCGCCAUGGGGCUCAGCGAUGGAGAGUGGCAACUGGUGCUGAACAUCUGGGGAAAGGUGGAGACGGAUCUCAACGGCCACGGGCAGGAGGUGCUGAUCAGACUCUUUAAGAGCCACCCCGAGACCCUGGAGAAGUUUGACAGAUUUAAGCACCUGAAGACUGAGGAUGAGAUGAAAGCGUCUGAAGACCUUAAGAAACACGGCGGAACAGUGCUCACCGCCCUGGGAAACAUCCUGAAGAAGAAGGGCCACCAUGAAGCAGAGCUGAAGCCUCUGGCCCAGUCCCAUGCCACCAAGCACAAAAUCUCCGUUCAUUUCCUGGAGCUCAUCUCAGAGGUCAUUAUCCAAGUGAUCCAGAGCAAACACCCUGGGGACUUCGGCGCGGAUGUCCAGGCUGCCAUGAAGAAGGCUCUGGAACUUUUCCGCAACGACAUGGCGGCCAAGUACAAGGAGUUUGGCUUCCAGGGCUAGAGCGGGCUGUGGAUUGAGCUAGAUGGUGGUCAGACUCCUCCACUGGCUGCCAUCCCUCCUGCCUAACCCCCUGGGUCAAGUAGUUAGCUUCUAUUAAAGUAGCACCUUAGUUUUGGGUUUGGGGAUAACCUAUCUGACUGAGACAUGGUGAUGGAAGAAGAGAGGGAGGAGGUGAGGGGAUUCUUCUUAUCUGUUACUAACUGGCCAGAGUAAUUCUGCCAAAGGUCCAUAACUUUCAUUUUCUCCUUGGCCUUCCAAAGGUGGAGACCUGAGCCCUGGGGCACUGGUGGGUAGCUGGCCAUCUUUCCUGGAGGUGCUUUUGUGGAUAUACCUCUUGGCUUCCUUUCUGGGAGGCAGUGACAGUUUGCUCUUUACUGGGCAGGGAAAAUGAAGGGUUAGAGAGAAAAUUGAGGGAAGGGGGAGUGAUGUGGUUCAGCCCUCCUUAUUCCCACCAUCUGGGUCCCUAAUGGCUUCCAUUCCUGCCUUUGAUUAGCAUUAGCCCUUCAACUGUGGACUGUCUUUCCUUUCCUCCUUCUCUUUCUCUCCCCCAAGGCUGUCACAGCCAGUGCCCCCAGCAUUCCUUGGGGAUGGCGGCUCUGACAGAUGGCUCCUGAAAAAGUUGGAGACACU